CAGGAGACAAAGACCAGCGAUACAUUAGAGCUUACGACGACAGUCUGGCAAUGAAAGGCAUACAAAGCAUUGUAGGUGCCUCAUGCAACACAAAGAGAGACGGCUUGAUGGCCUCGUCCUGUGUCCCGCCACUCACACCUGUAUUGCUGAUCUACCGCCAAUUCAUCGACGACGUUGAUAUCUUGCUCAUGCAUGGUCAAUUUGUUUGCCACUUUCCUUUCUCUGCUUGAUCUCUCAUCGUUGUAUGCUCUUUCCAUGGUUGAUGAUUGCAAUAUUUCGCUUCCUGAACACCCCCAUGUCUCUGGUUCAGCUUUCAAAUGACUGUACAAACGCAUGUCACGAACAGAGCAACCUCUUAUCGUCAACGUGUUUCGCCCUACCCAUAAACCGCAAUGCAGUAAACAAAUACAGUAAAUGGAAAAGACUCACCACCAGCGUUUUUCUGUGCCGGCGACUCGUCCGCACUCGAUCGAAGUCUUGGGAACCACCAUUGCCCAGAAGAAGAGACAUUGAUGGGCAUUUGAAAUUUCACACCGAGAUAUGCCAUGCGUUUUUUUACCCUGAAAUCUAUGAUGGGAAAGAUCUACAAAUGUCAGACACUGCAACAUGGCAAAAUGGAAAGACAAACAAUCCUUCCAGCGGGUGCAUCCUUCCCUUGCCAUUCCUACCCAAGAAUAUCAAUCACAUGGAAUCCUACCCAGAGUUUGGGGGUAUUUGAGUAGGAAGAUUAUUUAUUAACACGUCAUUCAUCUAUAAGCAAGAAAUACCCAAUCAAGUGUUCCUAUAGUCCUCGGCCAAUGGUAAUACAAGGAAGGAG